GCCCCUUUUUUUUCUUCUUUAAAAUUUUCAGUACCUCCAUUGAAGUAUUGUUGCAUGCUGUUGAAGCUUGAGUACAGUUUUUUCUUCUGAUUCUUUUCCGAAUAUUUCGCGAUCUUGUUUUCCAUUCCAUAUGUGUGUUAUCUGAACGUGGCUGUUGUUGUCGCCGAAAUGGGUUUCCGUUCACUGUCUGGUUUUGUCUUCUUGUUUAUGCUGUCCUUCUAGAUGAUUUUUCUGUUCUUUUCGCCAUUACUUCCAUAAAUUUUUUAUUUCUCUCGUGGGUGUUUUUGUUCUGCUUUCCCUGCUGCUUCAUCUUCUUUAAUAUAUGAAUGGAAGGAAAUGGGUUCACACCCGAUAGUUACAGAGUAACCGCCAGCAGUGAAAAUCAGAAUCAUCCAGGAAUAUCAAUAAUGUCGGAGUCGGCGCCGGCGCCGGUGUGCGAACCAUCAACUUUAGAGGCGUUGUGGGGGGCGGAUGUGAAGAAAACGAAGAAGAGAGGAAGGCCUAGAUUAAAUGGGCAAGAUGGGAAUUCAAUGACUCUUUCACCAAUGCCUAUAUCGUCCUCUGUUCCGUUGGCCGGAGACUAUUCUUCUGUUGCUGCCUGGACACAGAAAGAUUGGCCAAUAAUGGAUUCAGUAAAGAAGAAGAAGAAGAAACAUGAGUUUGGAAAUGGAGGUUUAGGCACCAAUUUCACACCUCAUAUCCUUACUGUUAAUGCCGGAGAGGAUGUUUCAAAGACAAUAAUAUCAUUUUCUCAACAAGGAGGAGGAUCAAGGGCUAUUUGUAUUCUUGCUGCCAAUGGUUUAAUUUCAAACGUCACUCUACAACAGUCCAACUCUUCUGGUGGUACUUUGACGCACGAAGGUCAGUUUGAGAUACUUUCAUUAACUGGGUCUUUCAUGCCCAUGGAUGAUGGUGUGACAAAAAGUCGAUCCGGUGGGAUGAGCAUUUCCUUGUCAGCCUCGGAUGGGCGAAUACUGGGCGGAGGACUCUCUGGAUGUUUAGUCGCAGCUGGUCCGGUUCAGGUUGUGAUCGGCAGUUUCUCAACCGACCAUCAACUAGAUCAGCAGCCGAAGCAGAAUAAUCAUUCAACCCAAAAUGGGACUGACGAAUCCUAUUACUAUUAGUCCUGCUUCCUAUCAACUACAAUGAAGUGCCGGUUUCAAUUAGUGUGCCUGUUUCAUUUUUAACUUUAUGCCAGUUUUUUAUGGAGACUUGUAGUAUUUUUUUAGAUUAUUAUUCGACAGUUAUUUGAGCUUUUAUAGAACAGCGUCAAUUACAACUUAAGGAAAAGAAUAGCAAGUUAUGGCGAAAGAAAGAUUAUGGUUUUAGCUUAUCA